AUGAAGUCCCUCACCUUCUUCACCCUCCGCCUGCUCCAAAUCGCGCUCCUCGUCGCGUGCUUAGCUUUCGCCGUUGAGGCAGCCCGCGGCAGCAGCAGCGGCGGUGGUGGUGGGUCCUCCUCUUCCGGCAGCGGUAGAAGUGGGUCCUCCUUCGGCGGCGGCGGCAGCAGCACCGGCUUCGGAACUGGAUACCACCCUAGCAACAAUGACAACGACGACACAUCCUCCUCUUCCGGCAGCCACAACUCCAACUCCAACUCCAACUCGGCGUCAUCAACAAACGCCUACUUUGGCACCGGCAACGCAGGCGGCUACCGCUACCGCUACCGCAAUGGCAACAACAACUCCCGCGCCCCGUUCGACACGCAACAAGCGGUGAACUACCGCACCAUCCACGGGAUCCUCGCCUCGCUGGCGAUGGUGGUUCUUUUCCCCAUUGGGUCGAUCCUUCUCCGGGUGUUGCCUGGGAAGUGGGGAUUCUGGGUGCAUGUCAUUUUCCAGGUGUUGGCCACCAUCAUUUACAUUAGCGGUGCUGCGCUGGGGAUUUACCUCGUCAACAUGAUCAGGAUUCCUUCUGGGUCUUUGCUGUCGAAUACAUCAACAAACUACCACCCUAUUCUCGGUCUUGUCCUCCUCGUUCUGUUCCUCAUCCAGCCCGUCCUCGGCGUGGUGCACCAUCUCAAGUUCCGCAAGGUGCAAAAGCGCCAGAUCUGGUCCCAGCUCCACCUGGCCAACGGCCGGGUCAGCAUCAUCAUCGGCAUCAUCACCGGUGGCUUGGGUCUGCAUCUAUCUCAAGCCACGAACCAGAAAAAGACUGUGUACGCCGCUGUAGCAGGUGUUAUUGGCGCCAUCUGGAUUGGUGUCUCCGUUUGGGCUGAGCUGAAGCGGAAGAAGAAGCUGACUGAUACCGAGAAGGCCAAGGAGGGGGAAGAUGAGAGUAUGGUCAGAAGGAAAAGCGGUGACGAGGUCAAGACGGGGGUUACGGCUUGGGAUAUUAUGAAGUGA